CGCGCAUCUGGCUAACCCUCGCGAGAGGGGGAGCCGGCGCGAGGACCUGGAAGACGGCGGCGCGAGGACCUGCAGGCGAAGACGCCGACGCUAGGUCCAAGAGGCGAAGCCCAGGCUGGUCUUGGUCGCAGUGGCCGCUCGCCCACGUACGUCCCCGCCGCCGCCGCCGUGAGGUUCUGGAGGGGACGACGCCGGCGCGUGGUCUUGGAGGUCCCGGCUGCGCUUGGUCGUCAUGAUGGACGAACAGAGAGUUCGUGUAUUCCCUACGACAGCAAAAACGGCGUCAACUAAGGCAGCCACCGAUUUGAACAGUGAGCAUCAGGUUUAUUGUCUGUCUUGGGUGGUCAUUGUAGCAGUAGUGUUUGUACUGGACAACCUUCAGCCACCGUUGUUUACUUCCAACUCGCCGGCCAGCCACCAAGGUCUACCUCCUGUCUCGUUGGAUCGCCGGACAGCCGCUGUCGUCUACCUCGCGCCUUGCCAUGACAGCACGGGCAUCAAACUCUUUCUCACCGGGCAGCCACCGCCGUCUACCUCUGCCUCAUAGUUAAUUGUGUGCUAGCAAUUCCUCCGGAGAACUUGUUAGGUUAUUCUAACUCUAUCAUGUAUCCAUGAUCUUGUUUUCUGAAUAUGUAAUCUUUUUAGUGAUUUUCAUUUUCA